AAAAACUAGAAAUGAAUGAUGCUGUGUAUUUUUUAUUUUUUUUUUUGUUCAAAUGGAACAAGUCUGCUGCUGCAUUUUAUGCAGUUCAGCAAUUCAACGUUAAACUGCAUUCUGUUCACGAUAUCCAGUACGAAACUUCAUACCGUAAACCUAGAAACAGGAGCUUUGACUAUGUAUGACGCUACGCACGGCAAUUACGUGACGCAAUGUACCCUCUCCUCUGAGAUGGUAAAAGUGAUAUCACUCCUCUCUGUUCCGGGGGUUGCCAAUAUUAUGAUUGGUUUGUUGGAUAAAAAAUUAUUCUCCGUCACCUGGAAACUUGACGAAAUCACAGGCUAUCCUACAUAUAACGAAUUUGCCAAACUUGCCGAUGAAACGGUGACAUAUACUUGCGCAGCUUUGACUCAAGAUGGCCGGUACGUCAUCACUGCGGACACUGGCUGCUCUGUUACUAUUCACAGUCUUCGAAACGGGUAUAAAACAAUCAAAACGUACAAGAAAUCUGUUACUAGCCUUGAUACUCAGUGGCUAGAGAAUGAACGCUGUCACAUGAUCUGUGCCGGCAGUCGUGAUACACUUGUGCCAAUGGUCCACAGGCGGAGAUUUGACCCUACGGAGAAUCCUGUUUCUCAAAGACUGCCCCUGUUUGACGCAAUUGUCGAAUCAGUUGAGAAAAAUAUUAUUGCUGUAGCGACAUCCAAUAGAACGGUGCAGAUUAUUCAAAAUGACAAUGUUAUCGCCGAGGCACCAUCGGUUAACGCGAAGAUAACUAAUAUAAUGUUUUUCGAGGACAAAAAUCGAGUUGCUUAUGCAACUGAAGGGGGUCAAAUAUUCUUGUUUGAUUCUAAAAGAUUUGAAUGAUUAAAAAAAAUUAUAGUAAUCACACCGUUACCUCAGAAGCGGUGAUUUUAUACCAAGUAUUAUAAAUCUGAGGAAAUGGGAUGCGACAUUGUGAAUUAAAUACAAUAAAGUUAAUUUAAACCGAUGCCCACCGUUGUUAACGGCAGUUGUCAUCGAUUGUUAUGAACUGGUGAGAUGUUUAUUCAUUCCUCUUUGUUCAAUAACAGCCAGGUUCCUAUCCUUGAAAACCACAUCGAGGUCACCGAUGGUAUUAGUGCAGUGAUAAUGGAUUUUAUCUAAAUUAGAUGACAUUUUUUAAGCUUAUAUCUUGUCGAUAAGUGUAUUAUACAUAUAUCGAUGGCUCAGCGGAACAACAUUGCAUCGUAGAAUUUUAUUGUAAUUUAGAUUUGAUUUCAAUUUUAAGUAUAUCGAGUUAAAAUUCAGAUUGUAACAUUUCCUAAGGCUGCGCCGCAGCUGCGUGCAUGCGAUUUGAAAUUAAAAUUAUUGUUGCUGGUUCUUACAAAACGUGAUUAAGUUCAGUCAUGUGCCAAAAGAUAUUAAAUAUUUGAAUCGCGCAAUUGAGAAUAACGAUUAAUUAAUCUUCAUCAAUGAGCAAUUGACGAAAAUAAUCGAGCGUGUUAGAUAACAAGUGUAGUAAUUAAUUAUGCUCCACAAAUGAGCCAUGAUGAAGGAAAUAAAAGUUAAAUCCUAAUCGCAUUUCCGUGUUGAACAGUAUCAAUAUUUCUUCAGUAGCGAAAAAGCGGAAAAAUUUUCGAAUGACAUUGUUAUUAGAGAUACGAUCGUAUAGAACCAAAUUUUGAGAUCCAAUGUUUUUGUGCUUACAAUCAGCCAUCGAUGUAUGUAUUUUCAUGUGUUUCAUUCGGGCGGC